AUGAGUCACUAAGGAGUACUGUCAACAAAAUAAUAAGAAGCAGCUUUCUUGAAAAUACUUAAAAAAUAAUGCAAUUUGACAUGCGCAGAUUGCUCUUCAAAAUCGCCUACUUGGGCAUCUCUAGAUUUUGGUGUUUUUGUGUGCUAUAAUUGCUCAGGUAUUACAAUAAAAUUUAUUCAUUUAGGAUAACAUAGAGCAUUAGGAUAAAAUAUAACUAGAGUCAGAUCAACAAAAUUAGAUUGUUGGACUUAAGAAAACGUUGAUAUGAUGGAUGCAUUGGGAAACGACUAGAAUGAGUAAGUUAAUUGUCAAUAAUAAUAGGUAUUGGGAAAGUAGAUUAUAAAAAAGUAAUAAGAUCCAACCUUCUGCCACUCCAGAAGAAAUUAAACUAUUUGUUUAAGAAAAGUAUGUCAAGAGAACUUGGGUAAAGUAGGGUUAGGCUGAUCCAAAAACACGAUAUACCUAAUGUCUAAUGAGUGGGGUACCUUUCAGAGUUGUAAAAACUAACACAUUUUUUAGUGAAAAUGGAACUCAAGGUUAAUAGGUAAAAGAUGAUAUGAAACAAUUUCAUUCUACGUAACAAUAAGGAAUUCAAAGGAAUAAUAGGUAAUUUAGUAUAGAUUCUAAAUAAACAUAAAAAGAAGCUAAUCUUAUUUCACCAGAUAAAGGGAAUCAAUUUGAUUGGAAUUCAUUUAAUCAUUUUUCUACUUUUUCUGGUUUCCCUAAUAAUCAUACAUAUUAAACUAAUUAAUUAGAAAUAUAACCUAAAAAAUAAUAAUAGAAUGAAGAUCAAUCUCCGAGUUUUAAACCAAAGAACAAUAACUUAAAUGAGUUUGAUUUACUAACCUAUUCAACAUUGGCAGAUAAUUAAUAAUUUAUGUCAUAUAAUCCAACACACUAAUCAACUUAAUAAUAAUAAAUUCAUUAAUAAUUUAAUACUCAUAAUCCAUAAUUAAAUGUAGAAACUUAAUAAUCAUGGUCAUAAGCAUAGAAACAGGCUUAAAUAUAAUCAUAAUAAUAAUAAAAUAAUUUAUAAGGUAAUAAAUCAUAGCAAAAUCAUUAAUUAUUAAACUUUGGAAAUAAUGUUUUCGGUUCUAAUAAUUAAUAAUUGGGAUGGAUAUAAUAAUAAUAACCAUAAUAAUAAUAACCAUAAUAAUAAUAACCAUAAUAAUAAUAACCAUAAUAAUAAUAAUAAUAAUAAUAAUAAUAAUAAUAAUAAUAAUAAUAAUAAUAACCAUAAUAAUAAUAAUAACCAUAAUAAUAAUAAUAUAAUUAAGCAAGUAGUAAACCUCCUUUACCUGGAAGAUAAAAUGGUUAAGUUAAUUAUCAAAAUAUGAAUUUCACUUAAUAAUAGUAAUAAUAAUAGUAGUAAUAAAUAAGUAAUUAAAUUAAUUAUUAGACUCAUACACUACCAUAAUAGCCUUAAUUAUAAUAAUAAUUAGCUAAUUAAUAAUAAUCAACAAAAUUUUAAUAAUAAUAAUAUCAUUAUAUGAAUCAAAACUAAUAAAAUUUUGGAUUUGACAAUCAAAUUAAUAAUAAUUUGUCAAACAAUAAUUAAUAAAUUUAUUAAGGAUUUGAUAAUAUAUCAUUCCCUAUAAAUUAAGGAAGUCAUAAUAAUAAUAUUAAUAAUAGUAACUAAUAAUAUCAUCAAUUUAAUACAACAAACUAAAAGUACUAAAAUAAUCCAUUUGUAAAAGAUGCAUAAGAUAUAAGGAACCUCUAUAAUACUCAAUAGCCUAGUAAGUACGAUUAGUUGAGAAACAAUCCAUUUGUUUGA